UCCUGUUUUGUGCAACAAGGAAGCAAAGGACUCAUGAUUGUGGUCUCACCAUUUGUUUGUUGUGAGGGCUAAUAUGCUGCGAUAACAGUGACGGGGAAAGCUCAUGCAUGUCAAAACCGGCCGUCUCAUAUUUUUCAUUGUUUGGGUAAAAAUGGCCCAGCUGCUGGCACAAGAAGAGAAGGAGAAAACUACUGCACUGAAAGAUUUGUUGUCCAGGAUAGACUUGGAUGAGCUCAUGAAGAAAGAUGAGCCUCCCCUCAACUUCCCCAAGACGCUGGAAGAGUUUGAGUACGCCUUUAAUGAACAGGGUCAGCUGAGACACACAAAGACAGGCGAGCCAUUUGUUUUUAAUUUUCGUGAGGAUCUGCACAGAUGGAAUCAGAAACGUUACGAGGCUCUGGGAGAGAUCAUUACACAGCAUGUGUACGAACGACUGGAGAAAGACUGCAACUUAAGAAAAGAAUUCCUCCCAGUAGAUGCCAUGGAAGAUGAACCGAAGAGUUUCAUCUACCUGAGCGAGGAUGCUCUGAUCAACCCAGACAAGCUUCUGGUUCUGAUCCAGGGCAGCGGGGUGGUCCGGGCCGGCCAGUGGGCCCGACGCCUCAUCAUCAACGAAGACCUGAACAGCGGAACCCAGAUCCCCUUCAUUACUCGGGCUAUGGAGGAGGGAUACGGCGUGAUUGUGCUGAACCCAAACGAGAAUUAUCUGGAGGUGGAGAAAGAGUCAGACCCCGACGCUCAGCCGUCUCCCGACGACAUGGAGGAGCCGGCAGAAAAGAGGGAGAGAAAGGAGGAGAAAGAGGGCAAGAAGAAGAGAGAUUUUUACGAGAAAUAUCGGAACCCGCAAAAGGAGAAAGAGACGGAGCAGAUUUUCAUACGGGACAACAAAUCUCCAGAGGAGCAUACACGCUAUGUAUGGGACCACUUCAUCUCCAAAUCACUAGCCAAGAAUGUCUUCUUUGUGGCUCACAGCUACGGAGGCCUGUGUUUUGUGGAUCUGAUGAUCCACAGGGAGGAGGAGGUGAAGAAACGUGUGUGUGCUGUAGCAAUGACGGACUCAGUGCACAGUCUGUGGCAUCAGGAGGCAGAGAGAUCCAUUCUGGACUGGAUGCAGGAGCGCUGCUGCAACUGGGUGUCGAGCUCCGAUCCUCUGGACACACCCCUGGACAACAUGCUGCCUGACUGCCCCCGAGUUUCUGCAGGUACGGAAAAACAUGAAUUGACAUCCUGGAGAAGCUUCAAUUCCAUCUUCCACUUUUUCUCCGAGCUUUUGGAAGGUCAGGAGAGCGAGGACAAACCCUCCACCACCAUGACAACACGGAGCGCCAACCGCGCAAAACAGCAUGAGGACUUAUAA